AUCACUUCAUUACAUGCCUAAACUGGUCAGCAUUUCCAAUGGUCUACGCAUUUCACCAAUAUUAGAAUGGAUGAGCUUCUAUGAUUGUCCAAGCCUCAAAACUCUUUCCCCAGAGGAAGUUCACAGUAAUGAUUUGAAGGUGAUAAUAGGAGAGGCAAAAUGGUGGAGAGAAUUGAACUGGAACAAAUCAAAAUGGCCUCAGCUACCCAAUCUGGAUGCUAUCUUUCAUCCAAUUGAACAGGACACUUAUUUCGUUACACGUCUAGCAGAAAUUGACGAUCAACUUCAAGCUAGGAUGCAAGAAACAGAGCUUUCUCAACAGUCAGGUCCUGGUGACUCCCUGAAGGCUCCAGCAGUCGAGGAUGGAAUAAGCUCAAAGCAGAAGCAAGUUGCUUAGCUUUACCUAUUCUGUACUAGUUAAGCUUGAGCUACAUAUUAUGGCUAAUUUCCCGACAGCGGCUGACUGUCUUAUUGGUUGUUGUUUGUUUAGUUAUUUCACGUUGUGCUUGGUUGUGGAGAAAAGGAAACUCAGAACCUUACAGAGACACUCCUUGUAUCAUCAAACCUUACUUUUCUAGUCUCUUUGAAUAAAUGGUGAUGUGAACUUGCUGUAUGCUCUUGAAUUCAAUAUUCAAAAUCACAUCCUUCAGUUUGAUGUGUACUUAUUGUUUGGUCUGA